GUUGAAGGAGGGCAGUGAGGCCGCCUCCGCCAGCUUGAGUGUGGGCAGCGGACCCCCUGAUCGCGGCGGGCGAGUCGGUUCGGGCCGUGGGAGGGAGAAGAGACGCCGCCCUCGCGCUGCCAAGCGGGCCGGGAGUGGGAGGGGCUCCGGCCUGCAGGAGCCACUGGGCCCGAGUGCAGGAUGCCGAGGAAGAAGAAGCAUGCAGAAAGCCCUGACUUUCAGGGCCCGGAUGGGGAGGAGGAAGAGCCAAGGGGCCUGGUCGAUGCCAAAAAGAAGCGUAGUUUUGUGGAUGCCUUUAUUGUUAUAUCUGACAGCGAUGGAGAGCAGGAGUCAAAGGAGGAGAAUGGAUUACAGAAGAAAAGAACCAAGCAGCAGCUGGACAGAGUGAAGUUUGCUGCUAAAAGAAAAAUUGCACAGAUGACUGAAGAUGAGCAGUUUGCAUUGGCUCUGAAAAUGAGUGAGCAGGAAGCCAGACAAGUGAACUGCCAGGAAGAGGAAGAAGAGGAGCUUGUGAGGAAGGCCAUCGCCGAGAGCCUUAAUAGCUACCAGCCUUUAGAUUCCCCUGCUGAGACCUCUGCACCACCUCCUGCACGGGCAACAUGCGUGCCAGUGCAAAGCCAUCCGGCUGAGCGAGGAAAGGCUGAGAUCCACGGAUCUGUGCCACCUGGCCCCGACUCCCCACGGUCGGAAUGCAGCUCCCACUCCCGAAGCACAAAAGCUGAUGGGAAUGGACAGACAGAUGUUGCCAAGAGCCCCCUUGUAGUGCUGACAAGGUUAAGCCAGGAAAUAGUUGAAAGCUCACUACUAUCCAGCAUAAUCGUACCUCCAGGGAAGAGCCAGCCUUUAACAAAGUCAAAUGAAAAGCCUUCCUCACCAGCAAGAAGCAAUUCCAGGGACAUGUUACCCAGCCCUUCUAGGGAGAACCUGAUCUCCCUGAGUCCCACCUUUGCCCGGUUUACUCCGGGCACUUGGCAACUGACACCUCGGAGAUUGUUUUCAGGCUCAUGCAGCACUUCAAAAGCAAUGGGAGGGGAACAAGACAAGCAGCCUCUGGCUGGCACUGGAAGUUCUGCAGGGGAGCCUACUCCUGGCAGCUCCGCAGUGCUCUGGAAGAGCAGGGCCUUGGAGCCGGGCAGCAUUCCAAGGAAGAACUGUGGAGCAGGAGGCCCUGAGCGUGCACCACAACGUGGGCAUAGCGGGCAAGGCUCUGUUUGUGUUGAGCAUGUGGAAUGUACGGAGGGACAUGACAAGGCACCUGAGCUUUGUACACUGAGCAUGGCCGAUGAAACAUGCAAGCAGGAAGAUGCUAAAGGCAUGGUGCACUAUUAUUGGGGUGUUCCAUUCUGCCCCAAAGGGGUGGACCCAAACCAGUAUACCCAAGUCAUCUUGUGCCAGCUGGAGGUGUAUCAGAAGAGCCUGAAGCAGGUUCAGAGGCAGCUUUUGCAGAAGAAGGAGUUUGGUGACCCAGUUGUGCCCUGCUUUUCUCCCCUGAGCCAGGCUGAGCAUGGGAAAGGGGAGCGAAUAAACAGGGAAAAUGGUAUUCCUGACGGCACAGAAGAUGACAGGAAGGAGCCAGAUAGUACUGCCUGGCUUCUCUCCACAAAGAACAGGGAGCCUGAGCAGAAUCCAGGGCAGAACUUGGAAGAGGAAAAGACCUCUACGUCCGAGGAUGAACCAACCACCAGCUAUUGCCAGGGGCCAACCUGUGCAACACACCAGACACCAGCAAAGGCCUCCCAGGCGCUAUUUGCAGAGGACAUGCCUGAAGAUGGGGAACCAAUGCAGAUUACACAGAGCAUUUCUGCCUUGACCCCAUUUGGCAGUAAGAGGAGCCCAGAGGUGGCCGUGGAGAGCCCUGCUGCUGCUGCUGAAGAAGAGAUCUCUGUUUGCCCUGAGACCCAGCCAAAUCCAUUGGAAGCCAUUGAGCCGGAGAGAGAAGAGCUCCAUUCAGCCAGCAAAGACGCACCUAUGCAGGCUGAUGGAGAUGAAGAAGCUGGGAAUACGGUAUCUGAAUGCAGCCCGUCCGCUGAUGACAGUGUGUCAUGCCCGCUGUGUGAUCAAGGGUUUCCAGCCACUGAGAUUGAGCUGCACGCCAUGUAUUGUAACGGCAUCGUGGCGCAGGAUGCAAAUGAAGAUGUUCCAGAUGCCUGGAGAGCAGGUCUGCAGAGCUGCUUGUUGGCUCCACUCAUCAGAACGCUAGUCUGGAAAGACUGCAGCAGCUCCUGGCCAUCUGCGCUCACUCAGCGACAGAGAGAAACAAGGAGUAGAGCUGGCAGAGGCAGAGAUGUCCCGACCCCCGUAGACAUUGACAAGUGUGAGAAGUGCUACCUUUGUAAGGCCCGGGUGCCGCUGGCGGAGUAUCCGAGGCAUGUGGAUGGCUGUCUGCAGGCUGCGAGGGACACGCAGGGAAACCGGAGGCUGCGCAGUGCCAAGGACAUUGGGCGGAGUGAAGGCAGACUCCUCAGCAUGCUGGAGAUGUCCGAGUGCAAGUCUGCAGAUGCUGAUGCGGGGGCCAUGCUAGCAGCAGGAGGAGACCCGAGGCGCAGCCCGUCGGGGGCUGAGGAGGAAGCUGGGUGCAGCCUGGCCCCGCAGAGCCCCCUUCCACACCUGGCUUUCAGUGACUUGCCCAUUCCACCCUUCGUGUCCACUCCCGAAGCCGCAGGCUACCCAGGGGGCUUCCAGCAGCAGGCAGCUCGCAGCCAGCAGCAGAGCAAGGGCAGCCGGAGGAGGAGAAGGAAAUUCUGAGGCUUAAGCCAUGGAGAAGGGACCUCGGGAGACCCACAGCGAAGGGGCAGCAGGGCCGUAGCCUCUGCAGGCCUGGUGCAGUGACAGCCCCGGGCAGAGCCCCUGCCUGCAGCCAGGCAGUGUGACGUGCUUGCGUGCCAGACUGGGAGCCGGGAGGCAGAGACUUGCUGUGGGGCGCUCUCCAGCCAGACAUUGACACACAUUGAUGGGUGUGUUUAUGGAAUGGCAGUGACCCGGGGGAGCAUCCGGUGUCUUUCUUUGGGGCCAGGGCAGGGAGGAGCAGCGUGUGAUGCCCCAGCGACUAGAAAUCUUGGUGCCCAGCGCUGGCCUGGGCCCGCCCCAAAGGCCCUUGUGUCUUGCGGGGCUGCUGUGUACAGUGCUGUCCCUACCCUGGCCGCGCAUAGGGCUGGGCUGUGCGCGGGGCCAGCAGAGGAUCCCAGCAAUUGCUUUGGGUUCUCCUGAAAGCAGGAGGGUUUCCAAAGGCGGGGGUGGGGGUGCCGGGGCGCUGGCAUUAGCUGUGCACCCAGUUGCUUGUUACGUGAGGCUCUGGUGCCCUUUGAUCCUCUCCUGCUCCAGAGCCCAGCGUACUUCCUGGAGGCCUUGCAGGCUCUGUGGGGACUGCGGGGAGCUGGGAGAGCCCCUCCAAGCCCAGGAAAUGCCAGAGCUUCAGAAAUGCAGGGUGUGUGAUGUGGGCUGGCCCAGCCCUCCCGAGUCCCAUGGCACCUGCUCAGGCUGGGCUGGGGCUCCCGCAGUGCUGCAUCCUGUACGGAGGCAGUAAGCCAGGGAGCUGGGUGCUGGCGGGGACAGGCAUGGCCCUGGGAGCGGCUGCUGGCUGGGAAUCAGAUGUGUGCUGAGAACUCUGCUGGUUUACAGACACAGACUGGCAUGGCAGCCGGUGGGCACAGAUGGGCACAGCAGCCAGCAGGCACACCACUGCUCCCCGCCCUGCAUUCACCAGAGACUGCCAAGCUCAGAGGUGUGGGCUGGGCCAAUGAGCUGCUGCCUCAGCCCCCGCCCCGAGGCCCAGCCGUGCUCAGGAAGUGACCUGGAGGAAGGCGUGGACCAUGCUGGCCUUACCAAGGGCUAAAGGGAGCCCCAGCCGCUGGCACAGGUGCCCCCAGGCAGUGCAUGCAUGGUAGCCAGGGCCCAGCUUUGGCCUGGGGCCAUGCCAGAGCCUCCCCAAGCCCGGGCCAGAGCUCUUCCUAAGGGUUCUCCACCUGUGGCAGCCCAGCCCCCCAUUGUAGCUGGCUGAGGCCCCUGAGUUGCUGGAGCUGGGGUGGGGGGUGUUCUCUGUUUCUGCCUGGUGCCCCCUGGUCCUGUCAGCUCCAGCAGGAAUUCUGGGAAGGGGGUAAGACCACAUCUAGUCCCUGGGCCCCGGCUAAUGGGGACCCUGGCAGUGGCUCUGGAGUCCUGGACCUGGGAGCACGCUGGGGGCAGAUGGAGCAUGUGGGACCCGGAGGCAGCCGGUGUGCCCGCCCCGGCACCAAUCCCAUGGAUCUGGUGUCCCAGUCCUAGCACAUGGUCUCUCCCUGCCUCCCCAGGCAGCAUGGGGGGGCUGGUGGCACUGCUCCCUGGUGCCUGGGCAAUGGAAAAAGGCAGGUUAUAACGUGUUAAGCCGGGGGGAGUCACCCCCCACCCUAGCUGCUGCAAUUGGCUCUGGAGUAGGGGCAGCAUCAGGCCGGCUCUCCGCGUCUCAGCUGGCCAGGGGGGAGAGCUCAGCCUCCUGGUCUCGUCCAUUCUCUGCUGUGACCAGAAGCAGACUAGGGGUUUGUGGGGUCCUAGGCAGAGCAACUGGGGGCCCCACCCCUUCCACUUACAGUUCUCCCUGCCCUCCCCCUGCCCCUCAUCCCAGCACUCCUGCCAGGGGGCUGGGUCAGGGCAUGGGGGCACCCAAUUGGCUGGGGCCCCUGGUGGCCCAGUGGCUAAUCUGCCACUGGCUGCGAUGGCUGCCAACGGCCAGGGAUGCUAGUGGGGGAUGAACCACCCCCUUCCCCGACUCACCCCACACAACCCCCAGGGGGCCGGCCCAGAGAUUCCGCUUGGCAGGUUCUGGCUUUGUGUGCCAGCUCCCCCAGCAGCAAGUGCUGGCAGAGCCGGGGCAGGCACACAUGGCUGGGUAGUGCCCCCAGCUCAUUAAUCCCACCGGGCCUGGGUCACUGCACAGACAAUCCCUGGCCAGGCCAGGAACCAGAGCCGUGCCCAGGGCCUGGAGGGGCUCGGUGUCUGAAAGGCCAGCAUGGGCCUUUCUCCAGGGCUGUCGCCUCCUGGAGCUGGCUCUGGGGGAUGCUGUGGGUCCCAGCUGGGUCCAGCUCUGCUUCAGCCUCAGCAGCGACCAUCCCCAGCCCUGCUCCCACUGCCGGGGGAGGCAGCUGGUUCCUGGGGUUUGUUCCCAGCGGCAGUCUGGCUUCCCUCCCUGCUUGGCUGGCCUGGGGCAGACCUGAGCCAUUGUCUCCCAAUGGGACAGUCCCCUCCUGCUCUGUGGGGCACAGCCAGUGACCCUUCGUCUGUGGAGUGACUGCAGGGCCCCGGCCCGGGGAGGGGGGUGCAGCUACGCGAGGGCUUGUGACGCAGCAGGGAGUGGGGCAGAUUGACUUGGGGAUGUUGCAGGGGGGGUUUCAUUGGGGAGGGGAGACUUCCCUUGAGGGAAGAUAUCUGAGCCAGGAGGGGGGUUGGGGCCAGGUGACACCUGCCCGGGAAACUGGACAAAGGCGGGAGGAGGAGCUGGGGGAGGCUGGAGGAGAUGGCUGGAGGGGUUUCCAGUUUUGGGGAGUUGGCUGGGGAAGAGGAGGGAGCCCCAGGCUGGGGUCUAAUCUCCUUGCCCCCCAGAAGAGCCUGACUAAGGGAUCCUGUUUAUGCCUGCAAACUCUGGUUUGAACUGUGUUCCUGUCGUCUCUAAUAAAUCUUCUGUUCUA